UUGCGCCCCUACAAAAGAAUGCUUGAUUCACUCAUUAAUUUCAGUAACAUAUUCGCAAUCACCUCUUUCCAUCACAAACACGACCAAUCUCCUCUCUAACAAUCAUGGCUGCUCUUCUCGUCGGGCCACCUGAGAUCUACCCACAAUCCUCCAUACAUGUAUGUGUCUUAAAUUUCAAGAAAGCUCUAAUCGGUGAAAGCCCUCCAAUGGGCCUCACCGAAUAUCUUUCUCCGACAUUUCUAUCGACGGGCAAUCCCUGUCUGGAUUUCUUCUUCCACGUCGUCCCCGACACGCCACCGGAAACCUUGAUCAACCGCCUGCGGCUCGCGUGGGCUCACGACCCAUUGAAGGCCCUGAAGCUUGUCUGCAAUCUCCGAGGAGUCAGAGGCACCGGAAAAUCCGACAAAGAAGGGUUCUACACAGCCGCGCUGUGGCUGCACGAUUGCCACCCCAAAACCCUAGCCGCCAACGUGGCCGCUUUCGCGGAUUUCGGCUACAUGAAAGAUUUGCUGGAGAUCCUUUUCCGGAUUCUAGAAGGGCCCAAGGCGCGAGAAUCUGCGAAAGAGACGGGGGAGAAGUGGAAAGCUUGGAAAUCGGCCAAGGAGCAGUGGGGGAGAGUAAAUAGGGAGUUGACGGAGGCGAAGAAAUUUAAGAAGGAGAUGAAGCGGCGGAGGAAUUUUUGGACCAGAACAACACAUUUGUUAAGGAUGAGGAGAUGUUUGAAGACACAGUUGACUGAGGGUAGGAAAUGUGUGGAAACGGGGCAAACCCGCGAAGAGAAGAGGCUGAAAAAGGCGAAGAGAGUUGUGAAGAGGUAUAAUGAGGAUGCCAAAUUUAAGGUCUUGCAUGACCGAAUCUCUGAUCUAUUCGCGCAGGGUUUGAGAUCGGAUAUGGAGAUGUUGAAAUCUGGGAAAUUGAACAAGAUCAGCCUCGCCGCGAAAUGGUGCCCCUCUCUUGAUUCGUCGUUCGACAGAAUAACGCUGCUGUGCGAAACCGUGGCGAAGAAGGUGUUUCCGAGGGCGGAAUAUGCAGAGUAUCAAGGCGUGGAGGAGGCGCAUUACGCGUAUCGCGUGAGGGAUAGGCUGAGGAAGGAGGUGCUGGUGCCGCUGCGGAGGGCGCUGGAGCUGCCGGAGGUGUAUAUCGGCGCCAAUGAUUGGGGCUCUCUGCCUUACAAUAGAGUGGCGUCUGUGGCUAUGAAAACAUACACGAGUAAGUUCCUCAAGCACGACGAGGAAAGAUUUCGCGAGUACCUUGAUAGAGUGGAGUCCGGCCAAGCAAAGAUUGCAGCUGGCGCGUUGCUUCCUCAUCAGAUCAUCGCCUCUCUCGAUGAUGAUGAAGACAGUGGCACCGCCAAAGUGGCGGAGCUUCAGUGGAAGAGAAUGGUGGAGGACGUGGCGAAGAAGGGGAAACUGAGCAAUUGCCUUGCAGUCUGUGAUGUCUCCGGGAGUAUGUCUGGGAUCCCGAUGGAGGUGUCGGUGGCGCUAGGAGUUCUGGUGUCGGAGCUGAGCGAGAAGCCAUGGAAGGGGAAGCUCAUCACCUUCAGCGAAAGCCCACAGCUCCAGAUAGUGAGAGGGGAAAGCUUGAAAGAGAAGACUGAGUUUGUUAGGAGAAUGGAGUGGGGAGGGAACACAGAUUUCCAGAAGGUGUUUGAUGUGAUACUGAAAGUGGCCGUGAAGGGGAAGUUGAAGGCGGAGGAGAUGAUAAAGAGGCUGUUUGUGUUCAGCGAUAUGGAAUUCGAUGAGGCUUCAAUGAAUCCGUGGGAGACGGAUUAUGAGGCGAUCGUGAGGAAAUACAGAGAGAAGGGAUACGGAGAAUGUGUGCCGGAGAUUGUGUUUUGGAAUUUGAGGGAUUCGAAGGCGACGCCGGUGCCGGCGAACGAGCCGGGGGUGGCGCUGGUGAGCGGCUACUCCAAGAAUUUGAUGACUUUGUUUCUUGAAGAGGGUGGAGUAAUGGAUCCGGAGGCUGUAAUGGAAGCUGCGAUUUCUAGGAAAGAGUAUCAGAAGUUGGUUGUCUUAGAUUAAUUCGAAUUUUGUAAAUAUUGAUGUUUUCAUAUAGGAUCUCAUCAAAUGAAUAAAAAUAGUAAUUUCAAUAUUCCUGAGAUAUAUAAUCAGUCCGGAUGGGACCAUCUGUUCCACCGUGUCCCACUGGUCA